UAUGUUUGAUUCCCUAAAAAAAAAAAAUUAUGUUUGAUUGGUAUUAUAAUCUUCAAGCGACGUUCAUUUUGGCAAACACCAAAAACCAACCACGAGGAGAGAUCUGAUCUCCAUUUUCCCCACAAAAAUACCAUUCUCAAUUAUCAAAGAAUAGUUGAAAAUGGGUCUAUCAUUCACCAAGCUAUUCAGCCGGUUGUUUGCGAAGAAGGAAAUGCGUAUACUUAUGGUCGGUCUCGAUGCCGCUGGUAAGACCACCAUUCUCUAUAAGCUCAAGCUUGGAGAAAUUGUCACCACCAUUCCCACCAUUGGGUUUAACGUGGAAACUGUGGAAUACAAGAACAUUAGCUUCACUGUGUGGGAUGUUGGUGGCCAGGACAAGAUUCGUCCUUUAUGGAGACAUUACUUCCAAAAUACACAAGGGCUUAUUUUUGUGGUUGAUAGCAAUGACCGAGAUCGUGUUGUUGAAGCUAGGGACGAGCUGCACAGGAUGUUAAACGAGGAUGAGUUGAGAGAUGCUGUGCUUCUUGUUUUUGCAAACAAGCAAGAUCUUCCAAAUGCUAUGAAUGCUGCUGAAAUAACUGAUAAGCUAGGUCUUCAUUCACUUCGUCAGCGUCACUGGUAUAUCCAGAGCACAUGUGCUACCUCUGGUGAAGGACUUUAUGAAGGACUAGACUGGCUCUCAAACAACAUUGCAAGCAAGUCUUAGUUAUUCAUUUGUCAUGGGCUGCAUGAAGUUCAACCGAGUUUAGAGAUUAUGAUUUCAGAUGUUCGGAUAUGGUUACCCUGUUUAGAAUUUUAAUUCUGUCUAACAUGUAUUGUUUCAUUUGUAUUCGAAAAAGAACAAAUGUACCUAGGUUUAAUACAAUUGCAUUUUUUUCCAUAUAUAAUAAACUUAAAGCAUUGUUUCACCUAUUGAUCUGUAUUGUCAAUUAAAAUCAUUGAAACUUUUACAUUUA